CACCCCCCGCACCAUUCCCAAUUCCCCACCCCUCCUCCCCGCCGCCGCCGCCCCACCGCAGCCACCAACUCCACCGAAUCCGUAGCCAUAGUCACCGGCCGCGACUGCCGCGGCGACCGGUGCCCCCUAUGCGCCCAGUUCCCGCGGCUCCCCGUGGGCCUGCUCACGCGUGCCCCGCCCCUGGGCGUGCGAUGGUGGCGUGGAGAUAGGAAGGCGAGCGCUUUGGGAAUUGUGAACUCGCCGGCGGGGGGAAGAGGCGCGGGAGCGCGUGGCUAAGGUGGGCUCCUCGCCCGCCGGAUGGCCGCCGAUGACGCGGCGCGGAGCAGCAGACGGAUGGAUCUGAACCUCUACCUCGGCCUCCCCCGCGCGUCGCGCGCCCGCCGCCCCGAUCUCGGCUCCGACCUCGCGCUCGGCACCCCGAUGCUGUCGUCGUCGUCACCCUCCUCCUCGGCCGCCUCCGCGGACGCGCCGCCGCCGGAGGGCGAACCGUUCCACCCGCCCUACUCGCCGUCCCGCGCCGACCUGGUGCGCCCGCCGACCCCGGCGCACGAGCCCUACGACCCGUUCGCGCCCGAGGCUCUCCCGCCCUACAUGCCUCCGCCGCCCCUGCCGGCUCCAGGGGCUUUACCUGUACUCGCCGAUGAGCUUGAGUUUGGUUUCUCCGACGCGCACCUGGGUCUGGUCGAGCGGUUAGCAGACCGACCGUCGUCGUCGACGGCAUCCUCUUCCUUCCGCCCGGAUCGUGCCGAGCGCUACCGCCGCUUGAUGUGCUUGACUGGGUCUCGCUACAUCCGGCCAAGAAGAUUCCGGUCAGACCUUCCACCUCUCAGCUCAGAGGCCCCUAGCAUGGAGAAUGAUGCUGUACCACAACCACCAGAACCGGAAGAGCCUGUGCAUGAUACUGUGGAGGAGAACAAGGUGGUUGCUGAUGGCGCUGUUGUGGGUGUCUCAGAGGACGAGGGAGCCGAGCAUGGUAAGAGUGCCGCAAUGUUCGAGUGUAAUAUCUGCUUUGAAAUGGCUGCUGAGCCGGUGGUUACCUCCUGCGGCCAUCUUUUCUGCUGGCCAUGUUUAUAUCAGUGGUUGCAUGUCCACUCUAGCCAUAAGGAGUGCCCUGUCUGCAAAGGUGAGGUGACUGAAGGGAACAUUACUCCUAUCUAUGGGAGAGGGAAUUCAGGCUCAGAUGUGGAGAAGAAGGUUGCAGAGGAUGGAAAUGCAUCUGGCCCCAAGAUUCCGCCGAGGCCGCAUGGGAAUCGGCUAGAGAGUUUCCGGCAGCAGUUCCACCAUUUGCGACCCAUAUCUAGAAGGCUUGGUGAGGCACAUGGUUUUUUGUCUACGUGGAGGCGCAUUCUUGAUCAGCAUUUAAUGAAUAGCGUGAGUAGAUUUGAAGGGCCUCCUGAAGCAACUGCCCAGGAAAUUCCUCAGAAUGCAAGCCGUUUUAGCCGAAUGACUACUAGGUUGAGAGCAAGGAGGUUGCAAAGAGAAGCGGAAAACCCUACAUCCAUUACUUCAUCUGCUCCAGGUAGUGGUGGGCAGCCUGGAAACCAUACAUCCGAUCUGCCAAGGCGCACUUUAAGUCCAUUUCCCUCAGAAGGGAUGGAUUUAUUGCGACACUUUGACUUUGAUCUUGAUGACUCGGAAAGGUUUGUGACUGCUUUCAGUGAACUUAGGCGAAUUGCAAGGCCAAGCCAUUAUGGGGCAUCAACCUCAUCAAACCCACCAAAUCCUGAGCCUGCUGAUGGAACUCAUAUUGUCACGGGACUGGCUGCAGAUCAAGCUUCUAAUUCAAGCACCAUGGCUGUGAUUCAGGAAGAUGCGGCUUUUACUGAAAGCGCUGGAGAACCUAGUAAUGCAGGGUCUUCAAGAUCCCUGAGGAGGAGGAGAGCAAGUGAUGCCUUAGGUUCUUUGGAUGUAGAUGGUGGGGACCUACAUCAGAACAAGAGAAGACGCCUAAACUAAAGCUGAAGACAGCUGAAUUGAAGUCUGAAGGUUGCAACAAUCUUCUCAUUUGCUUGACGUGUUGUUCUCAGUUGAGCCUUUUUUACCUCUCUGGUAGGUAACAUCUGCUCGGUAUGAAGUUCUUCCUCUUCUACUAGUUUACUAGGUAGAGCGGAGUUGAUUGCCUUAGUUCCUUCGGACGAGUUGUGCGAUCAUUCAAGGCAUGCAUACUGAGGAAACCUGACGGUUGUCAUCAGAUGAUUUUACCUUGAUAGUAAAUUGUAUGUGCAGAUCUGUAUUUUCCUUGAUAGUAAAUUAUAUGUGCAAAUCUGUACUCAAUGAAAUCAGUCUCUAGUUCAGAAUAACACAUGGACCCCCUAAAGCUUAUUUGGGCGUUGAACUUGAGCUAA